AGGCAAUUUGCUGGUCUGUAGCCAGCUAACUUUAGCCUUGCGGGUCUCUGGUCAGGCCCCGGUUUCUGCCUCUUGUUGUCUACGCUUUCGGAGAACUCAAGGGCCAUGGAUUUCCCGGGUCACUUCGAGCAGCUCUUCCAGCAGCUAAACUAUCAGCGUGUCCAUGGUCAGCUGUGCGAUUGCGUCAUAAUGGUGGGUAGCCGACACUUUAAGGCCCACCGCUCAGUGCUGGCAGCCUGCAGCACUCACUUCAGAGCCCUGUUCACUGUUGCAGAGGGAGAUGCAAGCAUGAACAUGAUUCAGCUGGACAGCGAGGUGGUGACAGCUGAAGCUUUUGCUGCUCUGGUGGACAUGAUGUACACGUCAACACUGAUGCUGGGGGAGAGCAACGUCAUGGAUAUCCUCCUCGCAGCCUCCCACCUGCACCUCAACAACGUAGUCAAAGCCUGCAAACACUACCUGACCACACGCACGCUGCCUAUGUCUCCCUCAUCCGACAGACCGACUCAUCACCACCCUCAGCAGGACCAGCAGAGGCGCAGGCAGCAGCAGCAGCAGCAGCAGCAGCAACAGCAACAGCAACAGCAGCAGCAAGUGGCAGAUUUAGCAGUAAACCCUACUCUAGCAGCUAAUGUUAAACUCGCAGCAAAUGCUGCCACGUCAAAGUUGCAACGCUCCUUCCUGUUGCAGCAGCUGGGGCUCAGCUUGGUGAGCUCCGCUUUGGGUGGUAUGGAGGAGGACGGGGUGGGAAAUGUAGUUGGCAAUAGAGGGGUGGAACAGAGAGCCUCCUUCCCUAUCCGACGCUUCCACAAACGCAAGCCCUCUCUCGCGCUUGGACUGCCAGAAGAAAGGCCAAGGCAGAGGCAGCGCCCCUCAGCCCCUAACCUAGGUUUGUUAGGAGAAGAGAGAGUGAACGCAGAGCGAGAGGAAGGAGCACUUCUAUCCCCGGACUCCCACAAGAUGGGAGAUGAAUCAAAAUUGGAUGCUGCGAUCACUGGUCUAGUAGGGGUGUCCCAAGAUGAUCCUCAGAUGCCCAGCCAGUCAGACAGUGGACACUGUGAGGGGGAGGACUUGGGGAGAAUGCAGGGAGCGGUUAGCAAGGAGGAGGACAUGGAUGACCAGGACCACCAAGGCAACAGAGCAGGGGUGAAGAUUAAAUCAGGGACAGAGGAGGAGGAGGCCGAAGAACAGGAACAGAAGGUGGUGGUUAAACGAGAGCCGCUAAGCUCGCCAGAGCCACCAGAUGAAAUCAGCGACGUAACAUCACAGGCUGAAGGCAGCGACCCGGCCGAGCCUGGAGGCCGGGAGGAGGAGGAGGAGAAGGUGGAGCUGAGCCCAGAGAGCAGCGACCGCAGCUUCACCUCUGAACCCCAACCCAGCUCUGACUCUCUGCUGCAGCCAAGCUCCCAGCUCCUCCUCAAGAGCAGCAUGGGAGGAGGCGCUGGAGUUGGAGGAGGUUUUGGAUGUAGUAACGGAUUAAAUGGCAAACCUGGUUUUAGUAUCUCUAGCUUCCUUAACCAGAAGGAUUUUGGAAGUGGCGGCACAGGGUUGGUUACAGCAGAAGACGACAUGCCAAACACGACAACUGGGGAUGCAGUAACACAUCACUUCCUGCUGAGACAGGAAGCUGCUGGGACAUCUGGCUCUGCUUCUUCUUCUCUUCUGCAGUCAGGUCCACUCAGUGGUGAAAGUCGCAGUGGCUUUGGAGACAACUUGCAGCCUGAUUCUCUGUUCCUUCGUCCCCUGCAUGACAGUUUGGGGAACCCCAGAGGAAGUGGAGGAAGUGCAGGUGGAGGACGUGGAGGGGUAGAUCCCUUUGGUUUGGAGUUCCAGCGCUCCAGCCUGGGGCUUCACUCUCUGGGGCGACCCUCACGAGGGGCCGGAGGAGCGACCGCAGCCUCUCUGGGCUAUCCAGGCUACAGACGUAUUGCUCCAAAAAUGACCACCAGUAUGGGAGGAGAAGAAGGAGUAAGUGGUGUUCUUCAGGAUUCUGCCUCUUCUUCCUCAAGUCUGGCAAGUCCUUUGCUUCUCAACGAAAGUGGUGGAUAUGAGAUGAACAGUGGCAGGCCCACCUCUCUCCCCCCUCAGCUGACCCGAGCUUCAGCAGACGUCCUGUCCAAGUGCAAGAAGGCUCUGUCGGAGCACAACGUCUUGGUGGUCGAGGGAGCUCGGAAAUACGCCUGUAAAAUCUGCUGCAAAACCUUCCUUACGCUGACUGACUGCAAGAAACACAUCCGAGUCCACACAGGAGAGAAACCCUACGCCUGUCUCAAAUGUGGAAAGCGCUUCAGCCAGUCCUCCCACCUAUACAAGCAUUCCAAGACCACCUGUCUGCGCUGGCAGAACAGCAACAUGUCCAAUGCCCUGCUGUAGGACCGGGAUCACUGCAUCAGAGUGGAGGUGGGCAAUAGAAUGAAUACAUUGGGAAUCAGAGGUGAGCUGAAUUUAAAGUCAGAAAAUCUUGAGAUUUUUCUGCAGCUGGGACAGAGCAACUGGAUCUGAUCAGCUGUUAUGUCCAAACUAACCAGUCCUGAUCAAUGACCAAAGAUAGGGAUGAUAAUGUAAUCACGCAUUUUCUUUUCCAGGAAAAACCCACACUAUCAAGUCAUUAAACGUUAUUAUAACACAUUUACCCUGAAGUACAAUUAUAGGGAUGCAGGACAUGCAAAAAAAUGCCAGAAUUUAUUGCUAUGGACUCAUCAUAAAGUACCAUAGAUGUGAACUGUAUACUCCCCUGUAUGAAUAUCAUAAUUACAUAAUUACUCAUACUAUGAGGAUUUUCCAUCAUUGUCGAUACAUUCAGCCAAUGGACUUUGUAUAAUAUGAUCUAGGCAUGUCUAGGCUUGGCUUUAUAAGCUGCCGUACUGGUGGCUGUAUUGCGUUUUUUAAAAACAAUCAUGUGGGCCAUCCUGUUCUCCAGUGACAGAUCUGUUGAGGUGAUCCCUUAGUCCAGAAAAUUAUACUUUGCGGUACACUUACAGAUGCAGAUUCGAUUUACUCAUUAUAGCACUCAAUCUGAGUGUUUGCAGAUCAGUGGCAGCUGUGUAGCACCAACAUUAAGAAAUGAUAUCAUGUAAAAUAGUGUGCUUACGUAUAGAUUUUCCAUUGCUCAUUUGUAAAACAUGUAGCAGCAUCCUGCAUCAGACUGCUGAGUCAUCCCAGCUGUGCAUAUUGACUGGGCCUUGUUCUAUGGCACAGUUAGUCGUACAGACUAACUGAUUCAGAUUCAGUUUGGGAGCCAGAUAUGAUUGUAAGUAGUAAGAACUGUUGAAGGACAUCUGCUCUUGAUACUUACUCUACUGUACAAAAAGGUGGAUAGAGUUAGAUUCUAUCCUGUGAGACUGGCUAAUGGUGAAAUCUGUUACCUUUUGCAAGUUUAACCCACAGAAAAGAUGGCAGUGACUCCGGUAUUGUAUGUUUUUUUCACCCUGUUGUUGGUAUCCAGUGAAAAUGUCAUAAACUGAACACAUAGAAUAAACUUCAUUCUUUUAUUUGCUGAAAUGACGAAGUUUGAGGCAUUUGAGCAGCAAAAAUAUAAACCAGUUCAACUUUUCGAAAUAGCUGGUUAUGGAUUUUCAUGCAUAUUCAACCACUAAGUCAAAUCAAAUGAUGUGAGAUGUUUUACUUUUUGUAGUUGCCUUUCAGUCUAACCACCUUAGUUAAAGUUGAGAAUAUGUUUGGUAGGUGGUAAAUAAUUCAGUUUGAAAUAAUGGGGCCUUCACAUUUCAUUAGAGUACAGGAAUAAAUGUCUCACUUUGAUACAUUUAUACUUUUGUCAAGUUCAAGUUUUGGAGAAAUGAGACACUUUGAAUGUCUCUCAUCAAAUUCUUGCCCCAAUUUGCGCUUGCCAGGCAGAGCUAUUAACCUUGAAGUCCCUUUGUUUAGGGAAGCAAAACAAUCGGAGCAAUGAGAGAGGGAAAAGUGUCAACUUGCACCAUCUUUGCAUUAACAGCAGGAAAAAAAAUCUGCAUUUACUGGGCCUUGCAGUCUUUUUUUGAGAAAUCUAAUAUAUAAUAAUGCAUUAUAAUAUUACUAUAAUACAGAGAUAACGGAUUCACAGGAAAUUGUGCUGUAAAUGCACCUUAUUUUGUGCCAUGAUGUGCAAAACGUGCAAUUUCUUAUAGUUUUAAAUAAUAUAAGAUAAGAAACUAAUUGGUUACUGACUGGAAAUGACCACAAAAAGUUCAGCUGUGGUCAGAAGAGUUCACUCACCUUCGACACACAAUUGUGUUUUUGUAUGUACAGCUUGUGAGUUUGCUAAAAGAGCAAUGAAGUUGUGCCAAGAGGCAGAGUCAUCUGAAGAAGUUGUCUACAGGAUAUGGAGGCUCAGCAACCUCUUGAAAAAAUGAUACAGAAAUGUAAAUAUUGAACAUUUGUGGCUGGUUUCAUAAUGUUUCUCUUGGAGAAGAGAAAAAACAACUCAUGAAGAACUAAACAUUGUAUGUAAGUUUGCUACUGUAGUUGAUAUCAGUGCUUUAUACGUCUUUUUUUACAUCUAAUGUUUCAUCUGUUACUGAAGCACUUAGACAAAUCAAUCUUCUUUUUAAUAACUAAUAUGUUUACUGGAAUGUUGAACUAUGUGAAUAUGUUGCUGUAUUGCAAUUAUCCAACUCUACCAGCUCUCAAAAGGUUUUUCUUUCUUUUACGCUGUUGGAUUUGAAAGUGAAGAGUUUUUAGCAUUUUUACUCCUCUCCGCAGGCAAUCGAUCAUACAGGAUUUCCACUAGUCUGCAAAACUUGAAUAUCAUUGAACUUUAGAGGACUAUUUCACAUGAUAAUUCAGAAACAAAGAUUUUUAUACAAUCUCUUGUCAGUUUUUUCAUGUUAAUUUCAGGAGUUUUAAUUUCAGGAAUUGUGGCUGUUUUUUAUGCAUGUAACUAUAUUUUAAUGUAUACCUGUAACUUGAUAAAUGAAGUCAUAUACAUAUACUAUAGUUUGACAUCUAUGGUUCAAUGGAGGAAUUGUUUAAGAUUCAAAAAGAACAUACAUGCUGAGAAGGAAUCUAAUUUUGCAGUUUAUAGAAAAUACAAUCAUAUCAAGGAUUUUUGCAUCAACCCAGUUGGGGACGCCUGAUUUCCAGCAGGUUGUAAAUAAGAGCAGCUUCAUUGCUAGAAAGUUGGUUAAUUGAAAUCAGUGUUCAUGCAGUGUUGUAAAGUUCUGUUUUAGUGAACUGAAAUGAAAAAAUAACACUUAAAAUACAUGUUUGCCUUUUUGUAUUCUUUAGUGCUUGCUUAUAUUGUGUCGCCUACACUGUCAAUGAGAAUCAUGUGGCCAUUGCUUCCAUUUCUAUUUGGCACCUUACUGUACUGUAGAGUCAUUGCACUGUUAGCCUGCACAAAAUGACAAUUUUAUUUGAUGGAUAAUCUUGACAUUUUACUACAUGAGAAGGCCAUUUCCUUCUAGGAUGUGUCCCUGUAAACCUAAGCUAGCCUACUGUUUGCCCUCUAAUUCUUGACACUUUGGAAUCAAUAGUAGAGUUUAAAAUGACCGCUGAUGGUUAAAUCUCAACUCGGAUGUCCGUUCCUCUGUCGCUUCCUCACACUCCGCCUCCUCUUUCAUGAUGGAAAGAGCCAGCUGUGAUGUGCUCUUGAGAAAUAAAGAGUUGUAGAGUUGAGGAGGCGAAGGAAAGAUCUCAUCCUCCAGAAUGGCUUCCAUGUCUCACGCAGUGGCCUGUUAGGAAAUAUAAUGCUGGUGUCUUCUUAAAGCUAUUAAUGUGAAUCUCUGAAAAAUGCACUGACUGUAUUACCCCUGUAUGAAUAUGCCAAAAUGUUAAAAACAUGUAAAAGGCCGAAAUUAAUUAAGAAAGUCACUGCCUUAUGCCCUCUAGCUUGAAAAGCUGGGCUUUUGUUGAUAUGCCAAAUCUGAAGGCUUUCUGUGUUUCCUCUGUGUAGCUAACAUAGUGUAACCAUGAGAGGACUAUAUGUUUGUCUCUUUACUGUUGAAGGCUAUGAAGAUUGUAUAGUAUGUUCAGUUGUUGUAUGGACUGAAUGAAUAAAAAAA